UUCCAAAUCGAGUCUUAACGGUUUCAACCCUGCUGUCGUUAUUCAUCACAUCAAUCGCUCAAUUCAUCGAACCUUCGUCCAGCCGGGAACUGUGACGUCAAUCUGCCAUCUCUUUGGAUAAGUUGGAUAAAACGUGUUUUGUCGCUGGGAUUUUCUUCUGCGGCCAAUAAACAAGCUUCCCAAUGAAUAUCGACGCUGCAGUGUCUCAAAUCAGGAACUUUAAGGACUUCCUGCAGCUGUACAACAAACUCACCGAGCACUGCUUCACGAAGUGCGUCGACAACUUCUACAGCCGCACAAUUUCCGCCAACGAGACGCGCUGCGUGGAGAAUUGCUUCGGGAAGUUCACCAAUGUCAACCAGAAGAUCCUGGGCGUCUACAUAGGCGUGCAGCAGGAGAUCAACGCGCGGCGCAUCGCCGAGAUUGAGGCUCAGCAGAACGCCGCCGUCGAUGCUUAGAAUGCCGUUGUGUUUGUG